AUGGUUGCUCUAUCAGGGGCACACACCAUAGGCCAAUCAAAAUGUUCUUCAUUUCGAAACAGAAUUUAUAAUGCAUCAGAUAUAGAUGCAAGUUUUGCUGGCACUAGAAGACGUCAAUGUCCUAAAAAUGGAGGAAAUGGAAAUUUGGCCUCACUCGAUUUGGUCACGGACAAAAAAUUUGAUAACAAUUACUUCAAGAAUCUAAUGCAGAGGAAAGGCCUCCUCCAAUCCGAUCAAGUUCUUUUCAACAGAGGAUCAACAGAUAGUAUUGUUUCUAAAUAUAGCAAUGAUACUCGUGCAUUCUUCGCGGAUUUUGCUAAAGCCAUGGUUAAAAUGGCAGAUAUUCAAACCCUCACUGGUCGAAAUGGGAUCAUAAGGAGAGUUUGUAGCACUGUCAACUAA